AUGCAACCUUCAGCCUCUCAGAGGCCUACAAGCUCUAUCAGGCCAAUGCCAAAGAAUCUUCUGACGUGCAGAAUCAGACGUCCAGUUGUAGAGAACUUCCAGGCUGUGAUUUCAGCGUCAGGUCCCGUUGAUAACUGGCGGGGAGAGCAGCCUCGUGGUCCGGAGGAACUAACAGGGUGUAUAUUGGCCGAUUACGCUGUUAGUUACAACAGGCCGAUGUCAACGGCUUGGCAACCUGCAUCCAUUUCACAUCUGGGUCAGUAUAACAUUAAAAUAGGAUUUGAGACCUCCAAAACGUAUAAUUUCAGCCCCAACUAUUCAAGAGAUAUGACAGAAGCGAAAGGGACACCACGCAUGCGCACGGAAGAUGUUGAAAAACCAAGUCAGCGAGAAAAGAACACUAAGGUUAUCCCGACCAUACGAACAUGCUGUCUGGUCCUCGGUGAGAUGAAGACACGACUGGCUUGUCUCCUCCUCGUGGCGGCAGCAUGGGCUGCGCCACCACCGGCUCCUCGCGUGGUCGGAAACGCUACCGAGAUAGAUGUAGGUCGGGACAAGAGAAACUCCGACUGCUAUGACUAUAGUAAUUGGUGCAAUAUGUGCGACCCAUGUGUCCCGUGCAACUAUAACCAACACUGUUACCAGUAUAACUGUUAUGAUCCAUGUUGGGGCUGGGCAACGCCUGCGCCCAUUUGGCCUUCUGUAGACCCCAUACCUCCAGUAUGGCCCACUGUCCCUCCUGUGUGGCCUACCAGACCACCCGUCGAUCCUACACCGCCCCCGUGGUACACCAGACCCCCAGUUGACCCCACACCUCCAUGGAACACUUAUCCCCCUGUUGACCCCACGCCUCCAUGGAACACUUAUCCCCCAGUUGACCCCACGCCUCCAUGGAACACUUAUCCUCCUGUUGACCCCACGCCUCCAUGGAACACUUAUCCUCCUGUUGACCCCACGCCUCCAUGGAACACUUAUCCCCCUGUUGACCCCACGCCUCCAUGGAACACUUAUCCGCCUGUUGACCCCACGCCUCCAUGGAAUACUUAUCCCCCUGUUGACCCCACGCCUCCAUGGAACACUUAUCCGCCUGUUGACCCCACACCACCCCCAUGGAACACUAGACCCCCUGUUGACCCCACACCACCCCCAUGGAACACUAGACCCCCUGUUGACCCCACGCCUCCAUGGAACACUUAUCCCCCUGUUGACCCCACGCCUCCAUGGAACACUUAUCCGCCUGUUGACCCCACACCACCCCCAUGGAACACUAGACCCCCUGUUGACCCCACGCCUCCAUGGAACACUUAUCCCCCUGUUGACCCCACGCCUCCAUGGAACACUUAUCCGCCUGUUGACCCCACACCACCCCCAUGGAACACUAGACCCCCUGUUGACCCCACACCUCCAUGGAACACUAGACCCCCUAUCGACCCCAUACCGCCAUGGUAUACUCGCCCGCCAAUACCAGAUCUGACUCCAGUUUGGGCAACAAAGACCCCAAGACCCACAAGACCAACUUACAUCCCAGUGUGGGCUACUAAGACCCCAAGGCCAACUUACAUCCCAGUUUGGGCUACUAAGACCCCAAGACCAACUUACAUCCCAGUGUGGGCUACUAAGACCCCAAGGCCAACCUACAUCCCAGUCUGGGCUACUAAGACCCCGAGACCCACAAGACCAGAUUACACCCCAAUCGGAGUUACAAAGACCCCGAGACCCACAAGACCAGAUUACACCCCAAUCGGAGUUACAAAGACCCCGAGACCCACAACACCAGAUUACACCCCAAUCGGAGUUACAAAGACCCCGAGACCCACAAGACCAGAUUACACCCCAGUCGGAGUUACAAAGACUCCAAUACCAACAUUACCUACGCCUACAAAUGCCCGUAGAAAACGUGGGUGUGACAAGAUGUGUAUUGAUGGUGAACAAAAUCACUACUGCUGCAAUGAAGAUUCCUUACAAGAGGAGAAAGGACAAUGCCCAGACCAGACUAGUGAUUGCUCAUCGGGUGGACGCCGUUCAGCUCGAGAGACGCAGCCUGUGUGUAAGGUAGACAGAGACUGUGAAGGUAACCGACGGUGCUGUUUUGACGCAUGUGAACAGGAUUACGUUUGCAUGGAAGUUCAGUCGCCGCUCGAACGCCUACUUAAAAAUCCAGGAAGGAGGAACACAGGCAUGUAAGUGACCACCGCAGUACCAGGUCGUGAAGUUCGGGAGCGACUCCGGGGCCGCCGAGGGAGUGGGUCGUCGCGCCCCUUCGCCCGCACCCCCCGACCGGGCCCCCGACGCCGCCUUCCUCAGGAUCCGUUCACGGCGUCCCAUCGAGGAGACUGUGGCGUGAUGCGCUUGCCCCGCCAAAGACACCUUCUGUAUCUUUUGCCUGUUCAAUUAAAGGGAUUGCAUUUUU